AUGGCGGGUCUGCAAUGUUUUGGUUGUGGGCAAGAAUUUGGCUUCUUUCGUCGAGAGGUGAGUCUUAUAUAUACUGUAUUCAGAGGUACAUGAUUUUUAGGCAAGACAUACUUAAACAUUACAGGAACAGAAUUAUUUCGAAUUCUAGUACCUCGUAUCCAAACGUCCCAACAUUUUAGGUUAACUUCUGUCUUGCCUUAGUACUAAAGACUAAAGAUAAUAAAUGCUAAAAGCUUUAACAUAAAUUUUCAGCAUGGCUGUAAGAAGUGUGGACGAUUGUUUUGUUCUGGUUGUACCUCCUAUUCCAUGGUUCUCCCGGAACGUGGCUCAAAGAAAAUGAAAGUUUGUUUUCAGUGCUUCAAAAAUGCUACAAGGUGA